AUGUCUCUGGCCGGCCAGACUAUGCCCGCAAGGGAGUCGGUACAUUCCAGCCGAGAGGACCGUGUUACCUCCACCAUCACAGACAAGAAGGAUCAGUCACAAAGGACCUCUUAUAGAGACUCGCUUCCCAACGCACCACGACCAUCCGUCCAAAACGACGACGCCCCGAACGAGAACGAGAACGCAAAGAUGUAUGGCGACUACUACGAAGAGAUGACGGGUCCUUCCCCCAAGAAGACCCAACCCGCACAAACGGCACCAGCGCUACCAGCCAAGAGCUCAUUGCGAGCUUCCAGACUCCUCGACGGCAUGGCCCUCAAGAUCAUCACAAACCAACCUACACAAGCAGCACCCCAAGAAGUCUAUCUCUCUUCCGAAGAAGAAGCUUCCUCCUCCGCCGACGAGUUUUCAGACUACGAUUACGAGUCCGAGAGCGCAGAGUCCGCCGACUCCCCCGUCCGCAGAAAGAGCCAAGAGGACACUGCCCGCGUUGUGUCUGUCGUCUUCGCCGGAAAGCCCUCCAUCAUCGACCUCCCCUCAACAAGAAGGUCCGCCUCGCCCGAGUCCAUGGAGUCCAGCAGGCCCCCGAGUCGCUUGGUUAUCUCAUCAACAGCACCCUCAUUGCGCAGAAUGUCCACCUCCUCCACCAGUGGCGCCUCCUUCUCUCCCGUUUUCCACCCACCCAGGUCAAGCAGCAUGAUGAUCACCAGCAGCAUGCUGCCCAAGGAGAAGCCUUCCUUCCUCAGCAUCGACCCCUACGCCAGCAAGCCAUUUGACGAGCGGGCCGAGGAGCCGCAAGCGGAGCCCGAGAAGCUCGAGAGACCCAAGACUCCCACUUCCCAACUAUUCAAGAGGACCCUCAGCAUUGUCCGCAAGCGCAGCCGUCCUCAGCUGAGAGACCUCGCUGCCAACAACUCCUCUCGCGACCGCCUGUCCUCGCCGUCACUGGGUCACCUCCCCUUGUCGGCCCACGCAGACAUUAGGGAAGAGCCCGAGCAAAAGGCACCUUGGUCCGCCGUCAGCUACCACGAUAUCAUGCGUGCGGCCAAGAAGAACGCGCAGAACCAGCCUCCGACCCCAUCCACCCCCGUCGCUCAGGUACAAUCGCCUAGCUCACCGGCGGGCAACACCCGGAGCCGAAUCCUCAGCGGCUUCACCAGCCGCAGAAAGAGCAUCAAGAUUGGCUAG